CUCCGUUUUUAUCUUCAUAUCUAGCAGAGUUGCAACCAUCAAAAUCUCCCAAUUCACUCACUCUUACCCCAGCGAUGCCCUCUCUUCCCUCCGCUCCAUAAGAGAAACACUUGUCUCCUCCUUCUUCUGAUAAACCCAAAAGCCCACCAUGUUUUCAAGUUUUGCCCCUCCUGUUUUUCUUUAUUUUCCGAUUUCCACUACUCUCUUACAGAGAAGAAUUUUCCUCGGAGCCAACCAUACCUCUGCCCGCUUCUGCUCCCGUUAACCGUUGUCUUUUUGACGCGAUUCAUUACUUUUAGAUUUAUUUUCGCAUCGUAUAAAACGCAUUUUUUUAAAUUUUUUUUUAAAAUUUGUUGCUUAAAGCUGUAUAGAGUGAUAGUCAUGGAGCCUACCACCGGCAAGCAUAGCUUUCUCAGGAAUGUAAUGGCGCGUGUGCUUUUAUUUGGCGUUUUGAUCAUCAUCGUUCGAUUUGCUUUCGUCGUCACUAUAGCCGGUGAGUCCUGUAAUAUUGGAGACUUCUGCUUUUUCUCCCUGCCGGAGAACUUCAGCUUCAUCAUCGCUGGGAGCGGGGCCCGCGCUUCGGCGGUGAACAGAGUGGUUAGGCCGGCUGGUCCUACUCAACCCGAUCUAUACACUAGCAAAGACUGGAUCAAGGCCGUUCAUUUUUACUCCUCGGUGUUUCAAGAUCUAAUCACAGAAGGCUACCUCUCUCCGAACUCCAAGUCCCUGUGCGUUGAAACACCAAACGGACAGGACGUCUAUGCCUUGAAAGAGAUCGGCGUUUCGGACUCGGUUGGAAUUUUCAAGAAAGCUUUUAAGCCUUUGGUAAUCUCCAGUAAAACGAAUCGCAUAGCGUUCGAUGACGAUACCUUUGAUUUCGUUUUCUCCGGUCAGGGCGGCUUUGACAAAGCGUCACGGCCGUUGGAUCUGGCAUCGGAGAUUUCACGGACGCUGAAACCCGAAGGGUUUGUGGUGGUCCACGUGAGGGCAAAAGAUACGUAUAGCUUCAAUUCAUUCCUUGAUUUGUUCAAUUCUUGCAAAUUGAUAAAAUCUCAUAAUAUAGAUGGUUAUGAUUCAUCCAUGCCUUACAUUAGAGAAAUUAUUCUGCAAAAACACAGUGGAAUUUUUGGCCGUGGGGUGAAGGAGCCCGGCGUCAAUUCGGUGAAUAAGUGCUCUGUCCCUGAGCAUAAGAGGGACUUGGUCCGUAAUGCUGAGCCGUUGAUCAAAGAAGAGCCGUUGAAGCCAUGGAUUACAUUGAAACGGAAUAUAAAGAACGUAAAGUAUUUGCCAUCAAUGGUUGAUAUAAGCUUUAAGAAUAGAUACGUUUAUGUUGAUGUUGGAGCUAGGAGUUACGGCUCUAGUAUUGGCAGUUGGUUCAGGAAGCAAUAUCCAAAACAGAAUAGGACUUUUGAUGUGUAUGCAAUUGAGGCUGAUAAGACUUUUCAUGAAGAGUAUAGGGUGAAGAAAGGGGUUACAUUAUUGCCAUAUGCAGCUUGGGUGAGGAAUGAGACGUUGUCUUUCGAAAUUAAUCACGACCCUGGUCAGGAAGUCAAGGAUAAAGGGAGAGGAAUGGGGAGAAUUCAGUCAGUAAAAUUGUCAAAACAGGAUGAUGAGAGUUUUAAUGGAGAGGUGGAUGAGAUACAGGGGUUUGAUUUUGCAAUGUGGUUGAAGAAGACUGUAACAGAGAAGGACUUUGUGGUGAUGAAAAUGGAUGUAGAAGGGACUGAGUUUGAUUUGAUACCGCGGCUGUUUAAGACUGGAGCUAUUUGUUUGAUUGAUGAAAUCUUUCUUGAAUGCCAUUACAAUAGGUGGCAAAGAUGUUGCCCUGGACAGAGGAGCACCAAAUAUGAGAAAACUUAUGGACAAUGCUUAGGGCUGUUUACUUCUUUGAGAGAGAGUGGAAUUCUUGUUCAUCAGUGGUGGUGAUUGGUAACAGUUCUAUAAAUCUAUUGUAACAUUUUAGGGGUUUUUUUAAUUAAAAAAAGAAAAAGAAAUAUUAGAUGCUUU